AUGCCUGUUUCGUUUUGGAAGAAGUACGGACCAAUGAUUCCGCCAGACCAAAAUCCGCACCAAACAGUGACCUUUUCGGGAUGCAUUUUGUUUUGGUGUGUCUUGUGUGGAUUGGUAUCAUCCCAAAUCCGACAAUUUUGUUUGUUAACGUAUCCAUUCAUCCAAAAAUGGGCCUCGUCGCUAAAGAUUAUUUUUUUAGCGAAGUUUGGAUCAACUGCUAACUGCCCCAGAACCCAAUCAGCGAAUACACGACGUUGUGUAUGGUCAUUUACCUUGAGUGCUUGUGUUAGUUGGAUUUUAUACGGGUGCAGACCCAAGUCUCGACGCAAAAUUCGCCAAGUUGAAGUCACAGAAAGACCAAGUUCUUGUGAACGACGAGGAAUUGACUGUCUUGGGUUUUGUACAUUCACAGUAAUAUUUUAA